AGCAGCCGGGCGCGCGUAGCGAGAUAUGGCGCCCCGCGCCCGGUGCGGCCGGUGAGGCGCCGGCCCCGCCGACCGCCCCGGGUCGACGGGCCAGCCGGGCAAUCGGGCGAACCGCGCCAGCUGCAAAUAUCGCAUCAUGUCCUUACUCAGCGUCACAGUAAAAAAGGCGCGCUAUGUUGUUAUACAACCUACUCAGUUUAACACAUACGUGACACUGAAGCUCCAGAAUGUCAAGUCGACGACGGUGACAGUGAAGGGCCCAACUCCGUGUUGGGAGCAAGACUUCCUAUUUGAGAUCAACGAUAUCAACCUCGGCCUCCUAGUAGAGGUGUGGAACAAGGGAGUCAUCUGGGACCGGGCCCUGGGCUACCACUAUCUGCCUCUCACGUCCAUCGCAUACAACGAGCAGGAGUGCGGCGGGCGCUGGGUGGAGCUGGAGGCGCAGGUGAUGAUGCGCGGCGGCGCGGUGGUAGGCACCACUGGUCCCACCGGCCAUGCGCUGCUGCUCGACUGCCGGUUCGAACCACCAUUCGAUGCCGAAGGGACAGGUGGUGCGGACCUGCAGAGGAAGCUGGACCUGCUCAAUGGCGCGCUGGACGCCGAGCGAGCGGAGCAGGCCAGGCGACAGAUGCAGUAUAUUGCUCACUCGGGAUAUUCCGAGGACUCGGACUACACGUCGGACCUCAACUACCCGGUGGGCCAGCAUGCCAAUUGCAGCGCUUCUCAAUUUCGCACGGCCGCUCACCAGAUGCACACUCCACAGAGGUCACUGGAGGUGUCCAGGGAAAACUCCUACGAGAGGGAAGAGUACCACAUACACGGGGACACCGACCCUCUGUAUUAUAAUAGCCAGCCGAGGACAAAUAGGAUAGAAACAUGGUCGCAGCUGCACGCCCAAGCCAGCGUGGAGUCUGCCAUCUCAUGGCGGACGGCGCACGAUUGGCAAUCCACAGAGGACCAGCGGCGACCUAGCCUCGAGCGUCAGAACACGCUGUAUGACGAGACCAUGGGGUACGGAUACGAUGCAUACGCCACUAACACGUACAUUAGGCAAGUGACAGUUGUACUCUGGGACCAUUCGCAUAUAUCGCAACAGGCCAGCUACGAGGAGUUCCACGACUCGAGCAGCUAUCCGUACCAGACGUCGUACCUCGGAGAGGACUCCCGACAAUGGGACAGCGGGGGGCAGUACUUCUACGACGACGGCUACGGCCUGACGCCGACGGAGUACGAGAACAUGCUCAACAAGCGGAGGUCUUCGGUGGUACAGCUGCCGCAGAUACCGCCGAAACAGGGAUGGGAGAGGAAGGCCGACCAGCCGCAACCAGUCGACCACAAUCGACCGACUAUACAGCCUAUAGCCAAUAUAGGAACUGAGGAGGACGGGUAUUUCGACGGGGGAGAGCGUUGA